CAGACACAUCAGUUGGAGCUCAAUUGUUGAUCAGAUCACAUCUGAGGGAUUUCGGAGCACUCGGGAGCCGGCUCCUCUCCCCUAUCUGUUCCCAGCACCUCUCCAUACAGUACUGUAUACCAUGUCCUUCCCGCAGCUGGGCUACCCCCAGUAUCUGAGCGCCGGCCAGGCCGCUGUCUAUGGAGGGGACCGGCCCGGGGUCCUGGCCGCAGCCGCCGCGGCCGCCGCUGCCGCCGCCGCCGGGUCAGGGAGGCCCGCAGGAAGCGAGCUGGGGAGCAGCUCCACCGCCGCGGUCACCUCAGUGCUGGGCAUGUACCCGUACAGUGCCCCCAACUACAGCGCCUUCCUGCCCUACACCACAGACCUCACCCUCUUCUCGCAGAUGGGGUCACAAUAUGAGCUGAAGGAUAACCCUGGUGUCCACCCUGCCACUUUUGCUGCCCAUACUGCUCCAGGUUAUUACCCUUAUGGGCAGUUUCAGUAUGGAGAUCCAGGUCGGCCUAAGAAUGCCACCAGAGAAAGUACCAGCACGCUGAAGGCCUGGUUGAAUGAGCACAGGAAAAACCCCUACCCCACCAAGGGCGAGAAGAUCAUGCUGGCCAUCAUCACCAAGAUGACCCUCACUCAGGUGUCCACGUGGUUUGCCAAUGCCAGGAGGAGGCUUAAGAAAGAGAACAAAGUAACCUGGGGUGCCAGGAGUAAAGAAGAUGACCAUCUCUUUGGAAGUGACAAUGAGGGGGACCACGAGAAAAAUGAAGAUGACGAGGAGAUCGACCUGGAGAGCAUAGAUAUUGAUAAGAUUGAUGAUAAUGACGAAGAUCAGAGCAAUGAAGAUGAGGAGGACAAGUCAGAGCAAUUGAGGCAAAGUCAGAAAGAAAGUUUAAAAAAGGACAGUGAAGUCAUAUUAGCAGGACCCGAUGGACUUAAAUCCAAAGACCCAUUGUCUCUUGCCAAGGAGAACUCUGAGUCCAGCAAUACCAGAAUAGUGAGCCCAGGCAGGCCGGGGAAUUUACAAGUGCCACCUCAUAACAAACCCAAAAUCUGGUCUCUAGCAGAAACAGCCACCAGCCCCGACGGUGUCCUAAAAUCUUCCCCAUCAUCCCCCCAAGUGAACCACACCUCUCCUACCACCACCAUCCAGCACCCAGCUUUCCUGCCCAGCCAUGGACUUUACACAUGCCAGAUUGGCAAGUUUCACAACUGGACAAAUGGCGCUUUCCUUACUCAGAGUUCCUUAAUUAAUAUGAGGUCCCUGUUAGGAGUAAAUCACCACCAUGGCUCUCAACACAACCACCACCACCUCCAGGGCCACCAGCAAGCACCGCUCUUAACAGCCAACCUGGGGACCAUCAGCAGCGACAAAACCACAGAGAGAAGCAGCCCCAAGCACACAGACAGAGAAAAUGUUCCAAGAACCGACUCUCCUCCACAGUUAAAAUCCUCCUUCCAGGCUGUUCGUGAAAACACUUUGUCACAGCAAGAAGGGACCCCUCACAUAUUAACCGCACUGCCUUCUGCUUGAGCAGUGGUCACACGUGGACAUUAUGGGUAUCAUCUAUGAAUAAAGACUCUCAUUUUGCAAUAAGGUGGUGAUAUGACUCCACCAACAUUUUUCAUGAAAAGAAGCGAAUAAAGAAAACCAAACUGUUCAGUAGGUGGAUCCAUUCCAGUGCCCCAUUCCUGGUCCCACUCAUCCUCCCUGGAUUAUUCGUUUUUUGGUAACUUGUUCACAUGUCUCUGUGCUUUUUUCUGUACAUAAAGUGAUUGAGAAUGUAAAUAGCGCGUCAACAAAACUU